AUGGUGGGGCCUAGUGGAGGCGCUCCGAGUGUUGUUGGUCUCGAGGGCAUGCCUGCGCCAGCUCCAAGACCUCGCGGUCCAAAGUUGAAAUUCACGCCCGAAGACGAUGCGCUGCUUGUGGAUCUGAAAGAGAACAAGUCGUUGACCUGGAAGCAAAUAGCGGAAUUCUUUCCUGGUCGUUCGUCAGGCACACUGCAGGUCCGGUACUGCACAAAGUUGAAGGCCAAGACCACACAGUGGACCGAGGAGACCAUCCAAAAACUUCGGACCGCUCUGCACGACUACGAGCAGGAGAAGUGGCGCAUUGUGGCCCAGAAAGUAGGCACAGGCUUCACAUCGGCAGCAUGCAAGGACAAAGCCAGAGAGUUAUCUGAGUUAUAG